GGAACGAGGUUGUCUGUGAAGUCGGACUACGCAUAGGUUAUUGCUAAAACAUUAGCCUGCAUGUUCUUUCUCUAUGGAAAAGGGACUAGUGGUGUUUUUCCACCGUUGUUAUGAUUACGAGAGUAAUUUUUUGUUAAGGUAAUCAGGAGCACCAGUUGUUCUCCCUUGAUCAUGUCUGCUUUGCAAGGUCAUCACUCUUCUUCACAAAAACCAUCAGAAGAGAUUUUUUAUGAUUCAAGCAUCAAAGAAAGAUUUUUUGAUACAGCUGAUCGAAUGAGAAGGGAGGAAAUUUUAACAGAUGUUAUUCUGGUUACAGACAGUGGGAAAUUGCCUGCACAUAAAUUUAUUCUAGCUGCCAAUAGCGACUACUUUUUGACAUUAUUUAACGGUCCACUGGCAACAACUGAAGUAAAUAUAAACCUACACAGUGUGUCUCAAGAUGUGUUGCAAGAUGUUUUAAGCUAUAUUUACACUGGUCUGAUUAGGAUAACAGAAAAAAACAUUGAAGAUGUAUUAUACAUAGCAUGCAUGCUUUUGCUAACAAACUUACGUGAUCGAUGCGCAAAGUUUUUAAAGAAUAGACUGCAUCUAGAGAAUUGUUUACAAAUAUUCAGCAUAGCUAAAAAAUUCUCGUUGCAGACUUUAACAGAGGUGUCGUUAAACUUUAUUGCAGUCACAUUCAUGGAUCUGUCAACAAUGCAUGAAUUUUUGGAGUUAAGCCUUGAUGAACUAACUGAUAUUUUAUCUCUGGAGAAUUUAGCUAUACGAAGUGAGGACCAUGUAAUGGAAAAAGCAAUAAUGUGGCUAGAACACGAUGUAUUUGAACGUGAAGAAAAGUUUCUGCAUGUGUUGGAAUGUAUUCAUUUACCUUCUGUUGGAGACUCACUGAUUAAAAAAAUUUUAGACACGAACUGCUCAAUCAGAAAAAAUAAAGAGCUAGUCUCUGCCUUUCAGACUGCAUUAAAAAUGAGGAAUCAAUUGGAAGUUAGUGAUAGCUUUAUGGAGUCGACACAUCCCCUAGCAUGUUAUAACCCACGUAAAUACAUGCGAUGCGUCCCUUGUAUAAUAGCAAUGGGAGGACCCACUUUGAGUCUGUUUAACUCAGAACUUGAUAAGUGGUGCGAAAUAAUAAAAUGUAAACCUCGUCAUUGUCCUGGAAUGGAUGUAAUUGGUUCUUAUAUUUAUAUUGUUGGUGGUAGUUUGGAGUGGAAAAGGAAAUCAUCAGGUGAGAAAUAUGAGACAGAAACAAAUGAAUGGCUGCCUAUAGAAAGCAUGUCCACAUCUCGCAGUAAUUUUGGGCUUGUUGAACACAAAGAAAAAUUAUAUGCGUUGGGUGGAUAUGAUGGAGAUUUUCCAUUAAGUUCAGCUGAGGUAUAUGAUCCAGUAAAUGAUAAAUGGACGAGAAUAGCAGAUAUGAAUUCUGCACGUGACGGUGCAUGUAAUGUGUCUGAUGGCGAACACUUGUACGUGAUUGGUGGAUAUGAUGGAAAGAGAUAUUUAACAUCCACAGAACGCUACUCCAUUGAAACUGGUCUUUGGAAUGAUAAAGUCGUCCCGCCCAUGACUGAGAAACGACAAAACGCGAUGAGCGCUUAUUAUGACGAUCAGAUAUUUAUAAUUGGCGGCUACUUUGACGACAACUAUCAUCGAUCAGUUGAAGUGUUUAAUGUGAGUGACGGCGAUUGGCGGUUUGUUAGUCCUUUGCCAGAAGCAAGACAUCACGCAGGUGCUGCAGCCAUGAACGGUAACGUGUUUGUAUGCGGUGGUUGGAGUGGUCAACUUCCUGUAACAUCUGUUGAUGUUUAUUCAAUCGAAGACGACGUGUGGCGCAAAGCAGCGCCCAUGUUAACGCCCAGUAUGGUACGUUGCGCGGUUGUUAACUUUCCGCGCAAAUCAAUGCUCCGUUUAUUUCCACCUAGCGAUGAAGAUGUCGUGAAGAGAAGAAGUAGAAAAUCAACUUCGUCGACCUCAGAUUCAUUUGCCAAUAGCAUAGAAUUGUCUUCAUCCAUUUGAGUGUUGCUUGUGUGAUGUUAUUUGAUGUUUUUAAUUUUUGUUGUUGUUUAUGUUGUAAAAUGUGUACGCAAAUCUAUCUUUAUCGUUUUUCGUAUUUAUUGAACUUUUAUUAUUUUUAAGAAUCUGUCGCUCUGCUUUUCUUUGCAACUCAACAUUUAAUGUCGCUACGUGUUGUUGCGUGUGUAAAACAUUGUGAACAAUUAAUAUUUUGUUGCCACCACACCAACCAAAACCUAACCUAAAAAAAAUUCAAUAAAAAGCAAAAUGAGUACCGAAAGGAAAAAAUUUUUGCGAGACCUUAUUUUUUGCGGAACUUAUUUUCAUUUAUUUUGUUCGUAUCUCUUACUAAAAUUUCAGGAUGCGCAAAAUUUAAUUUAGGAAGUUUUGGAAAAUGUAGUCAUCUGCAAAAAUGCAUUUUAGAAGAUAAAUAUUUUGGAACCACUUACCGGCAAAAUUAGUUUUAGAUAAAUAACCUGAGAAAUUGACACCCUCCUAAAACCUAAAUCUGCUAAGAUAGGGUUGUUGACAUCCACUUUCUUUCAAAUAGUAGUUUCUGCUAUUAUAAUGUUUGCUCCCGCAACCUAAAUUCUCCUGGAAUUUUAAAAUUUUAUACCUGUGACCAUCUUAAGCGGAUCACACCUUCUUAAACAAUUUUUGUGUAUAAUAUUUUAUAAUAAUAUUACGUCUUUUUUAUUUUAUUUUUUACGACAUAUCGUUAGUUGUUUUAUUGUUAUGUAAUGUUAAAUUAGUUGUUGUCGUUGUUGUAAAAAAAACAAAAUGUUUAUAUAUGUAAUUUAUUAGAGUGUUAAUAGAUAGAAAGAAAGAACACAGAUUAACUAG